GGGGGUACGGGGUAUGUACCAUGUUGCUCACAAUGGCUUGGUCAGUUAACAAUUUAUUUGUCAUAAUAGGAUUGGUUUCAUUAGGACAUGCUGCUUAUUCUGCAACACAGCAUAGAACAUAUUUAAGGUUAACAGAACAAGAAUUUACCUGGCUUCCUGCUGAUAUACUUGCCCAGUGUGUGCUAAGUCUAUUACUCACAUGUUAUGGAAUUGUCCAAGUCUCUGGAGAGUUUAAGGAUAUCAGAGCUGCAGGAGAACUAGAGAACAAAACAUGGGAGACACUCAGCAACAGACCAUCAUUUUACACGUUCAAUCAUAGAGGAAAAGCUCUGUAUGCAGAUAUGGAAGAUCACAUGCAGGAAGAUGUUUCUUGAUCCUGUGUUCAGGAGGCCUUUGAGCCACUGAGCAUUUUUUCUUAUAAAAUCCAAAAUUCUUUUUUACAACCCAAAAUCACAUAUUAACUAUAAAACUUAGCAGCAAAAUAUGCCUACAACCUAUUUAUGUUGGGGAUAACUUAUAUUUAUUGUUGGAAAAGAUGGCAGAAAAUGUCAGUAUGUCUGAAUGUCAAGGUGGUGGAAAUGCUUAAAGGAAUUCAUAUUGACUGUUUUGAUGGAAGAGUUACUUGUACCCAGAAAUGACAAUUCUGGUGAUUUGGAGAGGGUGGGGAAUGCCAUGAGUACUUUCAUCUUUUUAUAUUUAUAUAUAAAUCUUUAUUCACUGUACCAGCCUUUUCUUUCUGUCAGUUUCUUGGUAUUUUUUAAAAUCCAAAUGAUGUUUAUUUAUUUAUUUAUUUAUUUUAAUGCGGGUAUUUGUCCUUUUUCUAGUGUGGACUCUUUGAAAGUGAUCAGUGCAAUUAAACCAAUAAAAAUCACCUUUCUGUUUUGUAUGUAAUUAAAAAUGCAUGAAUAUGAUAAAUACAUAAUAUUACAGUUACAUGUAGUUUUGCAUUAUUGAAACAAUCUAAAUGUUACAUAUUAACGAGUAGUCCAGCAGUGAAAUACUUUUCUUAUACCUGCAGAUGGACAAUCCAGUAUUCUCUAUUUUUAUUUACUUAAUGUUCUAGGUCAUCCAGCAGUCCAUGUUCUCAGUGUAAAUGUUUUAAAUGACCCUUUACUCAAUGUAACUGAAUAUUAAAUAUUAAGGACAAUUUUGUGUUAAGUGCAGCCUUAUUUCAUUUGAAAGCUGGAGUAAAAGACAUUUUUGUUUUGAUGCUUGGA